AGUUUCUGCCACUCUACCACCACAGAGGCCUUGGAUACCAUUGACCCGACCGAACAGAACUCGUCCUACUUGUAUAUUCACAGUGAUGUGUUACAACGUUCUAUGUGACAAGUACGCGACGCGACAGAUGUACGGCUACUGCCCCAGCUGGGCACUCGAGUGGGACUACAGGAAGAAGGGCAUCCUCGACGAGAUAAGACAUUACUCGGCCGACAUCAUCAGCUUACAGGAAGUGGAAACAGAUCAAUUCUACAACUUCUUCCUGCCCGAGCUGAAGCAGGAUGGUUACGAUGGUAUAUUCUCGCCCAAGUCCCGCGCCAAGACCAUGGGCGAAUCAGAGAGAAAGUACGUCGAUGGGUGCGCUAUCUUCUUCAGAUCUGCAAAGUUCGCUUUAGUAAAGGAGCACCUUAUAGAGUUCAACCAACUGGCAAUGGCUAACAGUGAGGGAUCAGAUAAUAUGUUAAACCGUGUCAUGCCGAAGGACAAUAUAGGGUUGGCAGCACUUAUCAAAACGAAAGAGGCGGCAUGGGAAAAUGGAUUACCAACAGAUUCAUCAAUGCUCGGUCAACCGAUCCUUGUAUGCACGGCGCAUAUACAUUGGGAUCCGGAGUUUUGCGACGUGAAGUUAAUUCAAACGAUGAUGCUGAGCAACGAGCUGCGGACGAUACUCGACGAGUCGGCGCGGUCGUUACGUCUGGCUGGCCAGAGAGACAACGUACAGCUACUGCUGUGUGGCGACUUCAACUCGUUGCCAGAUAGUGGUGUGGUAGAGUUCCUAUCGUCAGGCCGUGUGUCGUCCGAGCAUCGUGACUUCAAAGAGCUGGGUUACGCUGGCUCCCUUCGUCGCAUGCCCGGCUCCGAACACGAGUUUACGCACAACUUCAAACUCGCAUCAGCAUACAGCGAAGACAUCAUGCCCUAUACUAACUAUACGUUUGACUUUAAGGGUAUCAUCGACUACAUAUUCUAUAGCAAGCAAUCAAUGACCCCGCUUGGUCUCCUGGGACCUCUGUCUCAGGAUUGGUUCCGAGAGCACAAGGUAGUCGGAUGUCCACAUCCCCACAUACCUUCAGACCACUUCCCGCUGCUGGUGGAGCUGGAGAUGUGUCCGACGGCGAGCGCCAACUCCAACGGGCUCAUCGGGCGCAGGUAGCACGCGUCGCCGCGCGCGCGCAAGCACAAGCGGCACAGCGCCGCGUAGCGCACCACCCGCCCCGACCCACGCCGCCGCGCGCCUUCGGACUGCUGCCCAUCCUCCACUCUACGUCUGUUCAUCUUAUGCUUCCAUUAUACUAAACUUGUAACUCUCACACCGACUUGUUCGUGCGAUUGGAAGAAGUAGACGCAAAUUACGAAUUGUAUAUUUACCCUCAUUGACUACUUUCAUAAGAGAUUACCUAUAAAAACUUCUACUUUUCCCAACUCGCCCUAUGUCUAUUUAUCUAUAUUUAAAUUAACUGACCAAGAGGUUGCCUAGAUCGCAGGUGACGGUUACAGAGCUGCGUGUCGCCUCCGUCUAUUGUACUUCCUAUCUCGCUCACGUUUUCUGAACAAAUGUUUCAUGCACAGCUAUACAUAUACACUUUCCAAGAUCUAGGCAAUGCUCGAAUGAAUGCAACUUGUUAACUAUGCUGAUUAAAGUCAAAUUAAAUAUUGAUUCGUUGUUGAGAAAUAUAUAGUAGGUCGAAUAUUUCAAACUACAACCACUUAUAUCAAAGUUCACUCUAAAAUAUACUUUACAAAUAUCAGUAACUAGCUUAUGAAUCGUUUAUGUACAAAUAACUUAGUCUUAAGUACUUACUUAAAAUCAUCUCAUAGUAUACUCUGCGUUGUUUUUGUUAUCGCAUGGUUAGGACACAAGCCGUCUCCGACCUGGACGUUACUUUAGGUGAUAGUUACAAAUGUAUUUUGUAUACCGUUGCAGAUGAUACCGAACGUCGUUCUCUAUUCACUGGACAUUAGUACUGAACUAGUGCUCUAGUAAUUACUGUCUCGAAAUUUUGUUUUGCUCAAUAAAGUUUAGAAGUUAACACGAUCCUGUUUAGCCUGUGAGUUGAUUAGUUAAAGCAAAUUAGAAUUUACUAUAGUUAAAUUAAAUGAACGAAAUAUUUUAGAGAAAUAUAUUAUAAAGGAAUCAUUUUGUCUAAUGCCGCUGAAGUUCGUGCUGGAGAGGUGUGGUGGAUAUAUUUUUGUAUAGUUACAAUCAGGCAAUACAAGCACUGCCUCGGAGAGUACAAAGAAGCGGUGCUCGGCCGGCGUGUGCCGCGGCGUAUUGUUGCUACAACUAGAUGAAUUCUUUACGUUUCAGUGAACAGACAACGGACCCUAGAUUGUUAGUAUUACGUUAGUUAGAUGCAUGGGAAGUUAACAUGAAGCCUUUACAUUUUUGGGAGAUUGUAAGUUAGUUGUGCGUGGCGAAUGACAGUGCAAUUGAUUAUAACGAAUCUGACUAAAAUUAUGUAGUUGUUAUUUUAAAUAUUGAUUCAAUAAAAUAUGAAUGAACUAAAUUGUGACCUACGCUUAUUGUGUCAAUAAAAUUGUAUGGAAGAAUCGUAAAGAUACAUAUUUUUUCAGUCGAUAACGACAGCAAUUUUACGCUUAGUUUUUCGAUGUAUUAUACUAUACAGUUGAGGAAUAUUAAAUAGCAACGACCGCGGGAAAAAAUAAAAUGAUCAGGACGCCAUGUUCGUGUCUCAAUAAAUACUUCUUAAUUUCUUGGCGUCGCUCUGGUGUUUUACUUUUCAGUUAGAGCGCGGUACUGGCGGUACAGUCGAUUACAUAAUAAACAUUAUUUGUAACAUCAAUGUCCUCAUUUGUGAGAUUCAAACGUCCAUUUAUCAAUUAGUGAAAUAAAUUCCUCCACUGUAUAUUAUUUAGAUAAUAUUUUUGGGAUUAUUAUGCAAUGUACGUGUCUGUGAAGCGGUGGAGAUGCGAGGGCGUACCUUUAAGUCCUCGCGCCUCGACCUGCGAUGUGUGUGGGAUCAGUGAGACUAGUGUUCGGUGAGAAGGCGCGCCUUGCACGGGGACGAGUCCAGCACGACCCGCAGUACGGCAUACAUAGCAUACAUAGCGACCGACGUCCCCGCGCGGCGUGCGACCGUACUCGUACUUACGAACUUGUUAUAUAGACAUAGCGCGAUAGUUGGUACUUUCAGGGCCGGGUUGUAAGAUAGCUAUCAUAAAUCUUUAAUAAUGUAAUAGAAUAUUUGAAUUAUUUUUGAUACUUAAUUAACUAUUAUAAAGUUUUAUAUAGAGACCAUUGUUAAAUCUAACACUGCCUACAAAGUGACAUCACGUGUGUGCAAUAAAUUUUAAUAUCUUAAGUGAUAAUGUGAAGUGAUAUAGUGUUGUUUCAUAAAUAUAUUAUCUGACACGGACGUUGUGUUGGGACGAACAACUAGUUGCUGCAGCUCCGCGGAGUGGCUGCGGAACAGUGUGCACAUAGUGAUGUUUGCGUUCAUUCUAUUUUAUUUGAAUAGGCCGUUGCGUGCCUACUGCAGUCCUGCAAGAAGUUAUGUAACCUGAAGCAAUCAAAGCAAUAGAUAUAUAGUCGUAGCAGCUAGCAAUGAGUAUAGAAAGACAUAGUAGAGUCUGUAAUGACGAGUGAGUGCCUUUCGUAGUGAGGUGCUGAGCCGUGGUCUCCACAACAUCACUUGCCUCCCUUUACUUGGUAGGAUUGUGUUAGCCCCUCUCUUCCCCGCCCGAAGCGCAGUGCUCCAGCUUCGCGGGAUAUUAUUUGUCCUCUUCUACGCCGUUCGGUUAUUGUCCAGUGUUACGUGAACUUCUUGGUCGUGAAGACUGUCUCACUGAUCGGUUAAUGUAAUAUUUGGUGUAGGUUUAGGCAUCUCUAUCGAUAUUGUAGACUCGAUGACGUUCGGUUCGAUUGUCGGUAGUCGGUGUGGCGCUGAACAAAGUAGUGCGGCGGCCGUUGGGCCGGAGUUAGGUUAAUUGUGACAUCGAGUGUACCAACAAACUACUCAGCGAGACAUGUAUACCCUCCCUCUAUCUCCCGUACCCCUCGCGACUUAUAGACGUCUGUGCGUGUGUAACUGGAGAGUUGUGUAGCUUAGUGUAAGUCUUGAGUUUUAUAUGAAUGGUCUCCUUCGGCGGUCAGUUGCCACCGGACGCCCCCCUCCCUAGCUGUAAGUAGGUUAUAAUUUUGUUAUGUGACGAUCGAGACCCUCCCCAUUUGAAUUUACGCAUCAUUUUUGCUAUUCACAAAAUAGUUAUCGUUAGUUAUUAAGGUGUUUCAUUUGGUUUCGUAACUUUUUCAGUAUUCGCGUCGUCUCAAGGUCCGAUCAAAAAUUGCGAAACGAUGUUAGAUGCAUUUUAUUUUUAGUUUUAGUAAGUUUUUUAAUUGAUGUUCCGGAGGCGUCCGACGGCGAACCGCUCCACUCUAGUAAUAGCGGGUAUAGCAUACUGGCGUAGUACAAAUGUUUGUGUGAGUGUCGAUAGUAGUAGGCGUGGUUACUGCGUCGGCCAGGAACUCUGUGUAUUGCUAGUCAGGGCGCAGGUUGACGCAUCGCAUCCGACUCGCUGCUGAAGACGUUCAAUCCCGCGUCGUUGUAGCCAGCCGUGUACGAUCGAUCGAUCUCUUGCGCAAAGUUCUCGUUGUGAAGCGUUAGUUGUUUCUUCGGAAUAAGUAGUGAUAUUUACAAAACAAAAAAUUAAUCACCUAUAUUAUAAACAAAAACUAUUUGGACCACUGCAUAGUUGUAUCUACGCUUAUUUUUGUCAUCUCCAUCGGAAUUAUUUAUAUCGAAUAAUUGAUUUUGAAUAUUUUUAUUCAGUAUAUUAUAUUAUUAUGUAUAUCAAACGACAGGUGCUGUUGUAUUUAAUUUUUAAUGUUACUAAUGUGAUUGUGAUAGGGAUACGUCUCUCUUGUAAUCUAUCUGAUGUAUUGUGAAGAAAAAUUAAGCCAAAUCAUAAAAAGGGUAUAUUGAAUUAUUACUUUUAGGAUAAAGGAGUUAAAAUGAAGUUUUAUACGAAUCAAAUUUUACUACUGACGCUGUAUAAUUUUUCUAAGUACAGUAGAUUUAAAAUCAUAUCAUGAUGAUCUUGUUCUAGUACUCGUGUAAAUUAAUGUAGGUUUUUAAGACUGUUGUGACGUGACGCGGUGGAACUGGUCCGCUGUCCGAGCACAAAGUACGCGGCGACGCGCGACCUCACUACCUAGUUACAUGGCGGCGGAACGGUUCCACCGUACAAUAUCCAAUUUGCCUUCAUAGCACACGAAAUUUUCAAAUGUUAAAUUUAAGUUGACAUGAGUAUUCGAAAUGAUCCAAUGUUAAUUCACUUAAUUAAAGAUAUCCGCAUAUAGAUUUUUAAAAUAGUAGUGAGUAUUUUUGCAUUUACCGUGUUGUCAGUACCUAAUUAUACGAUAUCUUAUGAAGCAUAAUAACAAGGACUACAGUCCACCUCGGAACAAUAGCAAUACAAUAGGGCAACAAUUAUCUACUAAGAUUUGGCUUUACAUGAUUCUGUAUUCUGAGUUAUACUUACGCGAUUCCGUAACAAUUUAUUUGCCAUCGUAUAUUUUAUAAUAGUGUCAAUUUACCACCACAUUCAGUUUUUGCACUGCAACACAUAUCUCCAACUGUUACUAAAUGGACAGGCUGAGUCUGUUUUUUGUCCAAAAAUCAGUCCAGUCUUGGGAACUUGGAAUAUGAUGCAGGUGCAAGCCAAGCUAUGUUCACCAUACUGUAAGCGAUCCAUAGUCCGUUACAUAAUGACAUACACUAUACAGUAUUUAAAUAUACCAAUAGAAUAACCACGGUGCGUAAGUAUCGCUUAUGAAUAAUCUAGAGCUUUAUUGCAACAAGUUUAUCUUAUUUGUAGAACAUAUAUGAUCUCUUUAUUUUUAAUAGAAUUUUGAUGGACAUUUUUACUUAAUAGUUGUAGCAGUGUGUAGCGUUGAAAUAGGAAUUUUUAUCGCACAUUACAUUUGUUAUAUUCCACUGUAAUUAUAUUAAUUGAUUUACAUAAACUGAUGCCAUCCAAAAUUGUUAAAAAGCACUUUCUGUUCGUGUCGUUGAAACCUCUCCAUAAUUAUUAUAAUUAUUGAAUCGUCUUUUUAAUACAUAUUUCAUUUCAAUAUUGUGCUAUUGAUAAUUCCUUUUGGAAUAAUUUUAUUUGUACAUAAUACUUGUAUAAUAUCUUCAUUUCUGUUUAAUGUAAAUAUUCAAAACUGUAUUUGUAUUCUCCUGAUAGCUUUUCCAACGGGAGGCUUCAACGAUGCUUCUAAGUUUUGGAUAGUUCUUCGAAUGAACCACAUAAGCCUUCAUGUUGUGUGUAUAUUUAAUUUGUAAAUAUGUAAUUUCGAUAACAAUUAAUGCUAAACAACGAGCGAGCCGUCGCAUAUUGUCAGCCGGUUGGACUUCUGCGCACACUGAGCCCGACAGACACAGCUACGGAACACUUAGCCUUCUUCUAGGAACGACAGACAUUCCACAGGCACCGAAUUAGCUCAAUAUGAAAGACUGUUCGAGACUUUAAAAUGGAUAUCAUGAUAAUUAAAAAUAUUUUCUGAAGCACCUUAACGAGUUUACAAAAUGUGUUUUAUGGUGAUUUAAUGAUAAGAUCGCAAUGUUUAACUCACUAGUAUGUAAGGACAAAUGCUUUACGACACUGUGAUAGACAAUACAAAUUUACCUGAGAGAGACACCAUAGGCAUUUAUGAGAAAUUUAGGGGAAUUGUCAUUGAAAAGGAAUGUUACAUGUACUCUCAGAUUAAGAAACGGACACCGCUUGGCUUUGUGAUCAGUUUAAAGCAAAUGGUGAGACCGCAACAUUUGAUUUCAACACCUUAAAAUUAUGAUACCCGUAGUCACAGGAACAACCGGUGUUUGUUUCCCCACAAGUGUAUAAACAUCUAUUAAAGUACAAAGCGUAUGUGCAGAAGUUCGGUCGCGGCUCGAUACUGUGUUCGAGCGGCUGUGUGCGUGCGCAUGAGUGUGCUUGUGUGCCCGAGAGUGGCGUAGUCUGCGCCCGCGCGGCCCGCGUCUCGCUGUUCUGUUUGUUGAUACAUUAUGUAUAUUUGAAGGAAUCAAAAAUUAUAAGAUGAAUUUUA